UUUAGUUCGUAAAACUAGCACUACAUGCCGUUCUGACGAUUGGCAGCCGACAGGCGACAGCGUUAGUUUCAAGUUUUGUUUAAAGGCUUGAAAAGUUUUCUAUUCGCUAAAUCUUAAUUUUUAUUCUUUUCGACCAUGCCUAAAUACUACUGCGAUUAUUGUGACACUUACUUGACACAUGAUUCGCCUUCUGUACGAAAGACACAUUGCUCUGGAAGGAAGCAUAAAGAAAAUGUAAAAUUUUACUAUCAGAAGUGGAUGGAAGAUCAAGCUCAAAGCCUCAUUGAUGCGACUAUUGAAGCUUACAAAAAGGGAAUUAUGAAAGGAGGUGCUGCCAUUCCACCACCAGGAAACUUGAACUUACCAGGAAUGCCUCCAAGACCUCCAGGUCCAGGACAAAUGAUGGGACCAGGAGGUCCAAUGAUGGGAGGUCCACCUGGAGGACCAAUGAUGGGUCCUGGAGGGCCUAUGGGUAUGCCAGGUGGACGUCCACCAAUGGGCCAAAUGGGACCAGGAGGACCAAUGAAUCCAAUGGGGCCUAUGAUGAUGGGUCCUGGACCAGGGGGACCAAUGCAUCAUAUGAUGAUGAGACCAGGAAUGCCAGGCAUGCCUGGAAUGCAACCAGGUAUGCAACCAGGUAUGCAACCAGGCAUGCAACCAGGUAUGCAACCAGGAAUGCAACCUGGCAUGCCAGGAAGACAACAAGCUCCUCAAGCGCCUGGAACACAAGCAACAUAAGCAACAUGAUUUUUCUUUGUAUUGACUUUGCUUUUCAUUAAACAUACCUUCGUUCAAA